AUGGCGGCGAAUUUAACUGAAGUCGUGUUCGAUUUAAGAGGCCAAACAGAUUUUUCAGAGAGGGGAAAAACAUUUUGGAACGCAAGUGAACUGGAGCUGAAGUUUUCUUUUGAGCGGGAGUGGAUAAACGCGGUCAGGUGGGCCAAAAGACGACCAAACUAUGGUAUGGGAAAGAUGAAUAGCGGACUAGAAGAGGUUUGCGGCAACAAACUUGAGCUUUGUGGUCCACUGGUGGAUGGCUACCUUUUAGAAAUUGGAGAGCAGAUUGCUUCGAAACUAAGUCGCUCAAAAGCAACAUCAUUGGUAGGCCCAGUUGUCAUCUUCAUUCCGUGGCAGAUAUUUCGUCACAUAACAGUUUUGUUCAGGGGCUAUAGUGGAGAAGUGAAAUUUAAUGAAAGAAAAUAAAAAAUUACUUCGACACUAUCUUGUAUACAAGCAGUGGAGAAAGUAUUUUCGCCGGCGAGAUUCGAAGGCCAGGAUGUUCUUAGAAAAAGACAUUUCAGUCAACAACCGAAAUCAAAGGGAAAGCUGUCGUCUGUUUACAAAGGCAGGUCAGCCGUUGUUGUAUCUAAAAACACUCCUUUUGUUGUUGAAUACAACCUCAAAAGUCAGAAGGCUAUGGUGACAUUUUAUAUUCAACGGUACACGGCAGAGGAUUUUGUUUUCGACAAAAGCUUACAAAGUCUCAUGAAUAAACAAGGUAAUAUUAAUUAA